AUGGGAUGCAUUAGUGCCAAAGAUGUCCAGUAAUCUAUCAAUAACAACAUCUAUAAUAAUAUGAAAUAAAUACACAUCAUAGCCUUUGAUUAAGUAAUUUUUAUAUUCAUAUUCCAAUAGCUUUUUUUAUUGUAAUCCCAAUGUCUAAGAGACCUUGAUCUUUUAUAAAAUAAAGUGAUUUCCAGGAGAAUCAAUUUGAUUAAUAUCACAAAAGCUCAUCUUCUCAAUAAUCCUAAAUUGACUGAAGCCUAUAAAUUAUGGACAUGGGGUGUUUCUCUUUGUAACAAAGGAAAUUCAAAAGGAAUGAAUGUAAAUUACAGUUUCACUAAUCCUAAUGAAUCCGCUGCCAAAAUUCCUACAUUCAAUUACAAUCUAGGCUCAUGUAAAGAACUUAGGUUUCAUUGGUUUGCUAUAAUCCUAAAGGAAUACGUUGAAUAUGUAUAUAAUGCGAAAUAAUAAUAUCCAGAAGAUCGUCUAAAAGCCAAAGAUAUUUACGAAAAAUUAAAAACCAUGAAGGAACAGUCAUCAAUUUAUUUUAAUACUCUAUCUCCAACUGAAAGAAUUGAAGCCUUUACUAAUUUAGAAUAUAACAUGAGUAAAAUUAAUAAGAGUUUGUUCAAUGCUGAUUAAUUUUAUGAUAAAUUAAAGGAUUUAGAAUAAGAAUUAGAGACAGUUAUUUAAAAGAAUAGUCAAUAUGAAAACGAAGCAGAUUAAUGGGGUAAAAAAUUAUAUAGAGAUCUUGAUGUAAUUUCUAUUGGUAAUGAUUCUUAUAGAAUGAGAGCUAAAAUGAAUAGUUUAGUAUUAUUGUAUCAUCCAGGUUAAAAGAGAACUAAAGAAGAAGAAGAUUAUUAUUAUAAUAUAAAAUUAGAGAGGUCAAAAAUUAAACCUAAAACUUUGAAUAAUGAAGAAGAUGAUAAAUAAAAGAUAUUUCAAUUUAAAAUAAGAUGGACAGGAUGUUCUGAAGUUGAUGGAAAAUGGAGUGAAAUUUCAUUCAUUUUAGGAGAACAUAACGAAUAAAUUAGAUAAAUUAAAUAGAUUAGAAAUAAAAUACGAUAUGAAUUAUAAACUUAUAAAUAUGUGGAUGACAAUUUAAUUGUGGCCUGGAAAAUUUAUUGUCUAUCAUUAUUAACUGAAUUAAAGGAUGUAAAGAUUACAUUAAACAUAAGUGACUCUGAAUCAGCUAAUAAAAUUCUGAAAAAUUAAAUAUCUUUAAGUGAGAAUUUAGAACUACAAACUAAACUCUUCAGUGAAUAUUUCUUCAUAAUAAGACCUUCAAAGUAGAAGCAAUUAAAAGAAUAUUGGAGAAAAUUGGAUUUUGAUAAAUAAUGGAUAUAGGGAUCAUUUAUGAAAUAUGAUCAAUUUAAAAUGAUGCAACUCUAAAAUUAAUAUAAUAUGAUGACAAAUCAAGCUAAAAACAUAUAUGAAUUUACUUCUUAAAAUCCUCUUUAUUAAGCCAUUUAUGAAAAAAGUGAUAUUAUUAUUAAUAUUUAGAAUACAUGAAAUUAGAGAAAGAGGGAGAAUAGUUAUUUAGUAAUGGGAUAGCUAUAUUUAAUGAGAUGGAGAGACGUUAUGAAUAAUUUAAGAUAGAUAAGGAUGUUGACAAAUUAAUGAAAUAACAAUUAAGAAGUAAUGAUAUUAUUUUAAAGAAAUAAUCUAAACUUUCCAAAUAUAAUUGAUUAAUUUAUUAUAUAUUUAGAACCUAAUCAAAAAAUAGAUAAAAUUAAAUUUGAUGGGGCAGACAUGCAGUAAUAAACGUUAAGCUAAUAAGUGCCAUUAGACUCAGCCAUCAAAAGUGGUUCUUGGAGAUUCACAUUAAAAUAUACAUUCAAAUCCAAACUGUUUUCAACCUUAACAAGGAUUAAAAUAAUUUAAAUAACUAUGCUCAUUAUUGUCAUUAAUAGGAGGAUUGGAUCAAUUAAAAUAAAAGACUAGAGAUUAAUUGAGAUAAUUAUUUGCAUAAAAAAAUAAUUGCUAAAUAAUAGUAUAAAAUACUAUAAGAAGAGAAUUAAGAAUAAAAGGAUUAAUCAGACCACCUUAGGAAGAUGAUGAAGCUUUAUUAAUUUAGGAUAAAAAGUUUAAUAAAUCUCUGCAAACAUAAUUAAUAUUAGCAGCUGAAAUAAUUAGAACAUUGUAAUAAGAUUAAGACUUUUAGGAUAAAUUUCCAAUGAUGUGUGUAUCUUUUAUGGAAUUGGCAGAUAGUAUUCAAUCCUAUAAUUUAUGA